AUGAGUUUUAAUUUACCAAAUCCAAGUUUGAUCGGUAUUUUGUUUAUUGUUUCAACUCAUAGUGGACCUCAAUUAAUUUAUAAAUAUCCAUUUGAUUUAAAAACUUCAACUUAUUCAAAUUUAUUUCAAAAACAGAAUAAUUUGAAGAAUUAUAAUGUUAAAUUAGGAGUCAAUAAUUUCAAUGAUAAUGAUAAACAAAAAAUCAAAGAAAGUUAUUUCAGACCAAUUGAUGAUAUAGAAGAUGAUGAAUUAUAUGAUUAUAAAAACAGUGAUGAAGAAGAUGAAGACGAACUAAAUAGUCAGUUGGUGGAUGAUUGUUAUAAUGACUGUGAACAAUUUGGUGUAAGCUCAAGAAAUUGGGAUUCAAAGCAUUCAAAUUAUUAUUUGGGGACAAAGUUAGAUUUAUUAAGAUUUUUAGAUGAACAAGAUUAUAAACGAAAGGAACAGAUUCAAUUUCAACAACAAAAUCUAGAAGAGGAGCUUGCAUCAAAAAAUAAUCAAACAAAUGUUUAUGAUACGAAUUCGAAUCAUGCUAGAUUAUUUCACACUUUUUCCAAAGCCAGUAUUGGUAGUCAAUCAACAACAGCUAAAUCAUCAACCUCAACAUCAAAUUUUACUUCAUCCAUAAAUAAUGACUUCUUUGAAUUAGAGCCGUCGUAUCUUUGUGAGAUGUUAUCACCUCCAAAGAAAAUGUGUAAUACAAGAUUUGAAGUAACGCUCAAUGACAAAAUAUUUAUUGGAUUACCAAUUCAUAAAUUCAAUGAUGGGAAGUGGCGAGUUGAUGAUUCUACUCCUCCAAAUCUAGCUUCAAACGAGCAAGAAUCUUAUAAAUUAAAUCAGGAUAAUGAAAGUUUUUCACCGGAUUCAAACAGUAUAAAUCUAAAUAUGUUUCAUAUGGUAUUCAUAAUGAAUCCUGCAAUCGUUGAAAAUAACUAUAGAGUUGAUGAAAUGUAUCAUCACGUUGUUUCAAAAAUUUCCAUAGCUUUAAGAUAUGAACAACUGAAACAUGAAUAUAUUACAAAACAAACGGAGAAUAUUUUGUUAUUGAGGGAUACAAUUUUUGAUGAACAUUUAUUAACUGAAAGGUCUCAACUUUGUAAACUCAUAAAAGAUUGUUAUAUCAUGAUAAGCUCCUCAAAAAUUGCUACCCUAUUGAUCAACAACCGACUUCGAACAUUUCAAAUUCCUAUAAAAACAGAGUUUGAUGCUUUACCAGAUGCAUCUGUACCAUUCAUACCCAGAUCUUAUUUAUCUUCAUCGGUAAAUCUAUUAAGUAGUUUUGGUUUGGUCAAUCCAGGUGAAACAUUGAGGUAUGACCAAAAUUUUACAAAAAAUAUGUACAAUGAGGAUGAUGUUUCAUACGAUUCUUUAAUUUACUUUGCAAUUUUGUUAUUGGAUGAUCCCGAUUCAAUAAUUAAAGAUCUUAAAACCCAAAGUAAUCUGAAGUUAGCCAGAUUUAUCAAAAUAAUUCAACCAACAGAAACUUUAAUAAAAUUAUCAUUAAAAAAUUCAAAUUUGACAAUAAAUCAAAUAAAGUCAUUUGCUUAUCAUUUAAUUUAUUGGAGGAAGGGACGAAUGAUACAACCAAUAUCUCCUCGAUCAGUUUAUGUCACGUCUCCAAUGGCUCCUUUGACAAUGAAACUUUAUGAUGACAUUCCAAAAUUUAGUCACCAAUUUCCAACCUUACCUUCAUUACCUCAUUUUUUAAAACUUUUGUCUCCACAAGUUAAGAAACCUGAACUGUUCGCUAGAAUAAUACCGUCAAAAGAUCAUAGAGAUAGCUAUAUACAAGCUUUGGCAUGGCUUUUAAGAAAUGGGUACGUUACAGAAUUGCAAACUUUUAUUUGGUUGAAAAUUCCUCGUAAAAUAAAAAUAAAAGUGGAAGAGGAAAUUGAAAAUGAAACUUUAUCCAAAAGAAUUCGAAAAGAUUCCAAAGCCACUGUAGACGAUUCAAAGAAUGUGAAGAAAACAGAUAACUCAUCAAAACAAGAAACUGACAAUGUUGUUAAUGAUAGUUUGAAAAUUGCUCAGUCUGAAGAGAAGUCAAAGAUACAGAAUAAUUUAUCUAAUUUAAAAGAUCAUAUAAGGAAAAAUGCAUCAGUAAAUUUAUCAGAUGAAGAAGCAACAAUUAUAUUAGAUCCAGGAAGAGCAACUACAUUGGAGCGUCGUUGGAUAAGCACUAUUAUUCACGAAGAGCAUAAAUUAUCAUCAGAAUUGACAACGGUAUUUUAUAAAAUAUUAAAGUAUAUGAAUGGAAAAAAUUCUGUAGAGAUGUUGAUGUUAAAAGAAAAUGUUUCAAGAUCUGAUAUUAAAAAAUUGUUUAAUGCCUUAGGAGAUAAUAUCAUAUUAGUGAAGCAUUGGUGA